AUGGAAUCCGAUUAUACUAUUAUUGCCGAUGCAGCAAAAGAGCUUGACCAAAUCCUGGAUUCUGGCGCGGUCCUAUACCUGCAGAGCAUCAGAACACCUGGUGCACAACCAAUCAAGGCGGCAUUUGGUUUCUCUCUGCAGCCGCUGGAGGAGAACCGAGUAGCUUGUUUGGUUGAGACUUCCUGCGUAGCAGCGAGCACUACAAUGUGUAUUGACUUUCCCGUUCUAGUGGACAGAUGCGUUGUCACUGCCAUGAGGUCUUUUUUUGUAGACUCUUUUCAAAGAGCAAAAAGUGCGCUACCACAAGUCACCAAGGCUGCCAAUCAAGCACCAGAUAGUCUUGACGACACUCCGCAUGUAACACGAGCAAUGCUUAGCAACUUGCACCCCAGUGUUGUCGCUUUAGCAUGGGCAUGCAUCCCUCAGCACGACAUUUUUGUGUCGUUUCGUCGACGCUGGCUGCGUGAAAAAUGCUUUGCCACAGAGGACAAGGUAAGUAACUCUCAAAAGCUGUAUUGCGUGAUGAAAGAGUUUGUUCUCUUAGAUCUUUUCUUAAGUCUUUUCCCAAAGCUCAAGUCGCUGUGGGAGCACCGACAAUGGCUCUGCUACAACAUGUGCAGCUGCGGACUUCUCAUCGACAACCCCAAAUACGUGGAUGGAACGACCUUGCCGAUUCUCCAAUUUGAGGCACAAGACGACCAGUCGUUUUUUAUGGCCGCACACAAUCAUCCGAUGAACUACAACGCUUGGCAAUAUCGCCGGCUUAGAUUUCGAACCCUACACGUAAACAUGUCAAAAGCCGGCGCAAGAUGGGAUUGUGCAUCUGUUGCUAUUCAAAUGGAUUGCGAGCAAGUCAUUCAGUUUAUCAGAGAGCAUAACGGUGAUAGCUCAGCUGCCUCCUAUCUGCUAUUUCUUCUCUACGAGCAAGACGCCCUCGACACAAAGGGUGAUGCAUGUCUCUGCGGGACAGAGACACUAAUGAAAAGUCCUCACCAAGUUGGCGGUGAACCGCACCGGCGCUACUCUGAGGAGCAGCUAAACACCGACAAAAAGGACGAGAGCAGAAAGUGCACCAGCAAGUGCAGCCCAAUAGCCGCACUCGCUCCAGCUAUGUGGAAAAGUCUUAUGGCAGUCACUCAAACGGAAAUCCGACGGCACAGCGAGAAAGGACAUGAGUGCAUUUGGCACCUUCGCCUGGGGUUGAUUCAAUGGGCAUGUAUGCGAUCGCCACAGAGCAGAGUGCUUUCACUAUGGAGCGCCGAGGAUGAGCUGAGGUGGACCUCCACGUACGCUAGACUACACCUCACAGAGGGCGAGGAUGCGCUUUUAUCUCCGGUGUCAGCUCUUCCUUACGCGUGGUCAGAAUCAUCUGGCUCAUCUGCGUGGACUUCUUUCAACGCAUCUCGCUACGGCUACCAGCUCGCUUCAAUUCUCCGUAAUACGUUACCUUGUGAAUAG